CAUUGCCGACUCAGCCAUGGCUCGUGGACCCAAGAAGCAUUUGAAGCGUGUUGCAGCCCCCAAGCACUGGAUGCUGGAUAAGCUGACUGGUGUCUUUGCGCCACGUCCAUCCACUGGUCCUCACAAGCUUAGGGAGUGUUUGCCUCUCAUCAUCUUCCUGAGAAACAGGCUGAAGUAUGCUCUGACUGGAGAUGAGGUGAAGAAGAUUUGUAUGCAGCGCUUCAUUAAGAUUGAUGGCAAGGUCCGCACAGACAUUACAUACCCUGCUGGAGUCAUGGAUGUCAUCAGCAUUGACAAGACUGGUGAGCACUUCCGUCUGGUAUAUGACACCAAAGGGAGAUUUGCGGUGCACAGAAUCACAGCUGAAGAGGCAAAGUACAAGCUUUGCAAGGUGAGGAAGACCUGGGUGGGUACAAAAGGAAUUCCUCACUUGGUAACCCAUGAUGCCCGCACAAUCCGUUAUCCUGACCCCCUCAUCAAGGUCAAUGACACUGUUCAGAUUGACCUGGAAACUGGCAAGAUUACAGACUUUAUCAAGUUUGAUACUGGUAACCUCUGCAUAGGUAACUGGAGGUGCUCACUUGGGAUGAAUAGGUGUCAUCACCAACAGGGACAGGCACCCAGGUUCCUUUGAUGUUGUUCAUGUCAAGGAUGCUAAUGGAAACAGCUUUGCCACCAGGCUGUCCAAUAUUUUCGUCAUUGGCAAAGGUAACAAGCCCUGGAUUUCAUUGCCACGUGGAAAGGGUAUUCGUCUAACCAUUGCUGAGGAGAGAGAUAAAAGAUUGGCAGCCAAGCAG